CCCCUAGCAGAACACCACUUCCUCCACUCAACACAAACAAAUGUUCAUCUCAAGUGCAUAAGCACCUUCCCACGGAGCUAAUAGUCUUUGUGAAAAGACCAUGAUCCCAGACUAUCACGAAGCUGCAGUUCAAAGAGAACUGCUCACACUAUCACUCGCAAACAACGACCACAAUUAUCUAUACGAGGAGCCUCCAGCUCCCAGCAUGUCUAAUCCGGGGAUUAUCGCCACCAAUAUCACCAAAAAGUUUCUCUCUGCUUGUAAAACUUUAGAAACCGGUGAGAUCGUAAAGGAUGGCUAUUUCACUCUGUUCGAGGCCGUCGGGGCUCUCGAGAUCGGUGAUCCCAAGAUGGACAGCGGCUGUCUAGCGCCCGGCGAAACUCUGGAGGAAACCUACGAUGUGAACCGACCGCUAUCUGCCCCGGAGGUCCUCGGUAUCAUUGACCAGCUACUUUGUCUCGAAAUGGCCUGGCAUCUGGGAUAUCCCCUAUCGCAGACUAUCCUCACCAGCGUCUAUAUCGAAGCUCUGGUGGAACCGGCGUCGGCUACGCUGCAAGAGGCAGACUUUGUGAGGAACCGCAAGAUGCCAAGGGAUCCCAUGACGACUGUUUUGAGGGCGUAUUGUCUGGGACUGGUGAGGACUUGUGCGGAUGUCUUGGAGACGAUUAGGGAUGAGCUCUAUUACGAGGAAGAGGACUUUGUGACCAACACCUACCGUCGGAACCUCAUGGAUCACAUUGACCGGUAUGAGAUCAGGGAUGAGAUCUUAUCAGCCAAGCACACGCUCCAUGGCCUUAGGGCUGAGAUUGGAACCGACAUGACACAGGCUCUUUCGUUCCGUCUGGAACUAAGGUCAGCCUUCCUUCGGGCUCUCGAACUCAUAGAGGAUCGUGGUAGCCCCGACUCUCUCCAGAUACCCUGGUAUCAGAUGCACAGCGUCUGGGAAGCCAUCCUCAAGCUCCCCGGCCUAGCAAAGGAGGUUCCCGAGGCUUUCAGCACCAAGCUUCAGCGGAAAUUGGCGAGUAGUAUGCCUCCUCGGCCGAUAGUAACGCUCAGCUUUGACGAAGCGGCGAAGCACUUCAAGAAGCUAUGCAACGACGCCAUCGACGCCGUCAAGAUCCUGGACUAUCACGAUUCCCAGAGCCUUCUCAACUUCGUCUUCCACUUCCAGGCCCAGAAACCUCAACCGCUAGUCUACAUCCGCUGUCUCCUCCAAAACCUCUUGUUCAAAGACAUGGUUCUCCUCGACCGGCUCAGCAUCCGCCAAGUCAUGGACGACGACCUCUCCAUCGUCGUCAUGCCCGCCCACGAGCUCCUCGAUCCCAACAACGACCUCGUCGAAGCCCCCCACUCGGCCCGCUUCGCCAUCGCCCACCAGAUGGAACUCUUCCGCAAGCGCGCCGCCCAAGCCUACAUCGACAUCUUCCGCGUGCUAUGCCAGAACCGGUGUCGCGUGCGGCGCAUGUUCUGCCACCUGAUCCAAGACUGGGAGCAGGUCCAGCUGGACGCCGAAGACAUCGACCAGCUUUUGCAGAUCCAAAUCGACGAGAAGCCGCUGGCCUAUCAAUCCCAGACCACGCUCACUUUGGGUUCCGAACCUGGUUACUCUCUGCCUUUAUCCUCGUGGGCAUACCUUUACAAGCUUCGUCUAAUGGAGUGGAUAGUCCAACUAGGCUUCGAACUCGAGGUCUAUGCCCCAGACGAGUUGGCAGGCAUGUACUGGUAUCUUUCCCACCUGGCCAAAACAAGGGCUCAGCACGUGGAACGCAUCCAGGCUUUUACCAACCACCGGUUUAACGAACUUCGCUCUUCGUCUUCUUCUACCUCCCCCCCUUCCUCCUCCUCCGUCGUCUCCCCCUCCUCCCCAUCCUCCUCCACCCUCGGCCUCACCCACGCCCACCCCCCUCCUCCCUCUUCCUACACCAAACCCAUCCCCGCCACCCCUUGGAUCCCCCCCACCCAACCCUACCACCCCCCGCGCGGCUGGCCCGUUUCCAUCUCCCCCUCCAUCUCCUCCCCUUCCGCCCCCUCGGGCCCCUCCGGGGCUGGGGCUGGGCCCACAACCCACCACUACUCCACAACCCCCGAAGCAUCCUUCACCCGCUCCCUCACCUAUUUACGGAGUACAAUCCUCGACGCCGCCAUAACCUGGGAAUUCGCCGACACCGUCUCACUAAUCUACACCAUCCUCUCCCGCCUUUCCCUCAUCUCCCCUCCCCCGCGACCGUACGGGACGGACGAGCAUCGGUAUGAAGUGCGGAUGAAGCCGUUUAGGGCUGUCAGUUUGCCGGAGGUUCCCGGGUUUGAAACCUGGAAGGGCUGUACGGCGACGGCGACGGCGCAGGCGGCGCAGCAGGGACGGGAUUGGGAUGGUGGUGAAGGUGGUGAAGAAAAGACGGGUAGUUUGUUGGGGUUCGCGGUGCAAGCGGUGGGACAGGCGAAGAAGGCUUUUGGGGUUUUGGAAGGGUUGGGGGAGCGGGAGGCUUUUUCUGGUGGUGGUGGUGGUGGUGGCGGUGGAGGGGUUUUUUUUGGAGGUCAAUUCGAAAGUGCGCCGACGGUGACGACGGGAGUAGCGGCCACGGCAACGGAAGCUGGAGGUGAUGGUGUCAAGCAAGGACAGGGACAGGGACAGAAGCCGCAGGAACCGGGGAGAGGAGGACAUAAACGGUGGAUGGAGAAUGUCAGGCGGUAUAGACGCAGUGUGGAGAAGGCGGAGAGGAUCCUGGAAGGGGGGAUCAGGAAGGCGGUGGAGAUGGAUGCGGAGGGGAGGACAACGGAGGAGAUUAAGAAGGUGGUAGAGGUUAGGGUGCCGAGGAGUGAGAAGGUGUGGGAGCAAGGGGGGCAUUGGUGGUGGAUUGUGCCUGAUGUUGAGGUUGUGGAGGGGAGUGAGUAGAUAGAUGUGUCUGUAGUAUGGGGAUAGUUGGUUAAACAGAACGAGAGGAGGGUGGUAUGGCAUAUAAGGUUUCGAGGGAUUGAUUAGGCGUGGUAUGGCUAUGGAUGGAUCCUAGAUGGCGUGUGCGAACAUAGGUCGGUCGAUAUCAAGAUCAUCCUUUUCUACUACUCAGCUCUAGACACUGGUUGAGGCAAGGGUAUGACAUUCACAAGAUGGAAGAGAGAUGCAAAUGAAGACGGAC